UGUCAGAGAGUAAGUACCAGAAAUGAGUGAGUAUCAGAGGGAGCUAGUUCGCUGUCUGCUGACAACUCGCGCCUUUCCGAUUCCAUCAACGACCUACUCUGUAGGGUAGUGGUCUCACUGCAGCAGGCUGAAUUCCAAACCAGCUGUCCUCAUAGUGGGGUACACUGGGCAAUCAGCCUUUGGCAUGGCAACUCCAACCUGACUCGUGAGACUGCGAGACGAAGAUCACCAUUUUACAGCCAGUGUUUCACUCUGCAGUCAUGAAGACCAGCCCUCCAGCACUGCUCUACAUCCUGUCAAUCUUGAUGGCAUUCACCGGUAUCUCUGCACCAUGUCUGCAGCCUGCUGCACCUGGGCCUUCUCCAGAUUCCUCGAGUCUUGGUUGCUUUUAUGACUCAGUGGAGAUUCUCUCUUGCACUUGGACCCCGAUGAAAAAUAUCACUGAAGCACAAUGCCAGCUCAUGGUUCAACUUGAGUCAACGUCUGACAGGUACAAAGGACCGGAGACAUGUCAACUGCAAGGUAUAGCCAACAGGAGCUGUGAGCUGAACCUUUUGAAAUUUGACAUGACUAUUACACACACUAUUCUUGUGGAAGUGUAUUGCCGUACUGGGCAGAACUGGACUUUGAUGCAGAAUCAAAGGAUGUGUCCUUUUCAGAACCUUCGACUGCGGUCUCCUUGCAACGUCCAAAUGGAAAAUGACGACAAGCUUUCCUACAAUUUAACUUGGAAGCUCUGUGCUCUCUCACAUUAUUUAGAAAAUGAGGUGGAGUACCAAAUACGAUAUAAAGAAAAAGAUUCUAGCAAGGCUUACAAAUUCGGCUACAAUAUUCAGGAUCAGAGGUGGAUGAAGUUUGAGACUCUUUCUCCCGACACAAUGUAUGAGGCCGCUGUUCGUGUGAAGGUUAAAACGAGCAUGGCUUUUUACAAUAGCACAUGGAGCAAAUGGAGCAUGCCUGUAACAUGGACGACCCAUAAAGGGGAUGCAUCGUCUCCAAGUCUGCUCCUGCCAGUUCUUCUCACCCUUUUGGGGAGUCUCGUCUUCAUCUCCCUCUUCUUCGUCGCCAUUUUCCUGAGGGGCAAAUCACCGGCAUCAAAACGUUUAAGGAAGGUGCUGAAGAUCCAUUUGCCAGACCCCGCUGAGUUCUUCCCAUCUCUCACUGCUCUCCAUGGAGGAGAUAUCCAGAAGUGGCUGUCCUCACCAGCGCCCAUGUCUUCCUUCUGCCUGGGUGCAGCAGUUCCGGAUGUUUCUGUGCUUGAGGUGAUGCAGAAAGGCAACCAAGAGCCUUGCCUCUUCCUGCCCAAGGAACAUCCUACUAAUACGGAUGCACCAGAGACUAGUGGACAUUCUUCAUCCAGCUGCUUUACCAACCGGGGCUAUUUUUUCUUCCACACCGAUGAUUCCCUCGAGAUUGAGCCCUGCAAGGUGUAUUUCACCUACGACCCUCUUACUCAAGAGAUCAGUGGCAAUGAGGACAGCGACCCUGACUCCUACAAAGUGAUCCAUGAGACGUGGGACAACAGGUCACCGCCACCUGCCUACAGCACCAUGGCAGACCAGGAGAGUGAGUCUUUUCUGCAAGAAGCAAAGGUCCCAAACCAGAAGGUUGGAGAUUGUCCAAGGACUCUUCCAUCAGUGGAGAGCUUCCCUGUGACAUCAGAAGUGAAACAGGAUGAGAACAAAGAAGGGAGUGAGGCCAUUGCUCACCCCCACAAGUCUCCGGAAAAGUAUUCCAUGGACUUUUCAUGUGUCUGGGAAUCGUCUGGCAGCAAUACUGAUGGAACAGAAGCAAUUGGAAGUGUAGACCCUUCUACAGGCUCUGUGGAAGACAAUAGGCCUGCAUUUCCCCAGUCUAUGAUUCAGAACUCAGGCCAAGCCAAUGAUCUCUGCAGAGCUGCAUCUUCCAGCCAGGUGCUGAGUUCUUCGGAGGCCUACCUGACCCUGAGGGAUCUUCAGGGACAUUAUGGCCAUCACUCGGUCUGAAUUCUGAACUGUCCCUGAAAACAAGAAAGCAUCAACACCAUCAGUUAAACGUCAUCAAAGAAAAUGAAAGGGAACAUAAGGCUUUUAACAGGCAAUGGGUCUUACAUUUUAACUCUCCUCUCCCCCUCUCAAUACACAAUAGUGACCCCCACCCUGUAGGGUUGGGAAACCAGGAGAGCAACAGAGCCCCACCCUUACCGCCUCACUGGGUGCUACUGCAGUA